UGGGUUAAUAUGUGUGAUGAAAUCUGCGAGCGCAUGUGAUGUCGAAUUGUCGUCUGCACGAACAACACAAUGCAUAGACACAUAGGACCCGUAGUGACUUCUGGAGACAGAAGAAUCUUUGACGCUGAGGUGUGUCUGAUGGCCACUAUGGAGUGCGAGAAGCACGAGCGCCUCCUUCAAGGUAUGUGUGACCUUCUGAAGGACGUACAGACAGAUCUAUCUAUCACCGAAAAGGACAUGGAGGAACUCCUCGACCGUCAGAUGUCGCAGCCAUACAAUCCUGACGACAGACUGAUCGCGGAUGUUGUAGACUCUAACAGCACUUCGGUGAGUGAUGUCGAUACUCCUUUGGACCAUUCAGCUGAUAAGCCCCUUCGGAGAGUACGGCCAUUGCAGAGACAACAAUCAGAACCAGAUAGCCCCAAUCAGAUGUUGAUGUCUAAAUUUUACUUUCGUUCCAUGUCCAAUCCCUGCGUGUGUAUACCAAACCUAUCUAGCAGAUUGAUGAAGUUUGACAAGCACAUACUGAGCUUCCUUCACAAGAUCGACAAGAUUGCGGUUAAAAUUAACCAACUUGUUGCCGUUGACAGUGUUACUCUCGCAUCUAUCUCCAUGAAACCGUUUGCAAGAUUCAUUCACAGUGUUAAUACAACUUACAACUAUGUUGAAUACCUGCUGGACAUGACUACAUACCGGAAGAGCAACAGCCAGCUAUCCCAGACCAAGGAGAAUGUUGAAGAUAUCGAGAGAGCUAUGACAUUUGGUAGCAGUUUUCUGAAGUCCAAUGUCCUGACCUGUCGAUGUUGUUCAAAUUGUGUGUGGAUUAUUCGCAUGUUUAGUGGAACGUCCCUCAGGAAAAUACAGAAUUUGAAGAGACAAAGUGUUCAGCAGAGAGCCCAGCUGAUGAAGUUGACAAAGGACAGCACCGUUGAGAUGGAGAGUCCUCCUUUCCAGAGAAAAGAUUUCAUGUCCCAGCAACUACAGACGACCACUGACUCGACGACAACACAAAGAAAUUCACAGCAUAAUGUCAUUCCUAACUACAAUGUGAAACCAGUUACUGUGUCGGGUGUCCAUGACAGCUACAGGAUGAUUCCAAAGCAGGAGGUCCAGAUCAGGCAACCAUCCCCUUUGUCAUCGCCUGGCAACCAACCAUGGUACUCACCUCUUGUAUCGACUCAUGGGGAUGAGAGUUGGCAGCAACAACAUGUAUUGUCCCCUGAGAACAUUCCCUGGCAUCCAUCUCCAGUUCCAAGCAACCUACAGUUGCAACCACCAAUGGUUCCCCCUAGGCCUCCUACAUCUAUUCCAGGACAUGGAAACACCACACCACCCUUCCACCUAUCUCCACCCCUAUUUGGACCCAGGUCAAGGGAGCCUGCUAUCAUGACCAGAGGUAGUUUUGAUUUGAGACGGCAAUGUAUUGCUCUUAGAGAUGAGGAUCCCUUGCAUGUAUUGAGUUCGGAAAUGCGGGACCGUCAUAUAGGAUUGCCUUUUGGGGGAAACAGUUUGCAAGAUCAAGAUUAUCGUCAUCUGCCGCCAUUUGAAAUGCACAACAGUUGUCCGACACCGCCUGAUCAUCAGAGACGAUACCACAGAAACUUCCAUCGUGAUCACAACUACAGAUCUUUUGCCCGUCGUCCUUUCAGACGUAACAGACACAGCAACCGUAACGUCCAACAUGACAGACAUCCAUCGCCAGGGAGUGUGACGACACAUUACUUCAUGCAGCCAUUGCCAGAAGUGGAUUUCACGUCAACACCCUCUCAGUCAGCCCCCCUUUUGUCAUCUUCACCAAACCCAAGCUGGUCAUACCCUGCACACGAACAGAACAUGGACCCAACCAGCCCGUUCUUUGCAUCAAGAUCUCGCCCUGUAGGACAGGAGAUGACUGCCAGCACCACCUGUGAACCAAGUCGUGAAUCCCCGUCUUCUAGACCCCCAUGGGUUCAUACAGAUCACAAGAAGGACCAUUACACAUCAAUGUAUGGAGAGUCUGACACACCACCACCCCAGGGCACAUCUAUACCUGCCAUCAUUAAUCACAAGCGACCAGCUUCAGUUCAUGCAGUCCGACAUCCAUCCGUAGGUAGCGGCACCAUAUUGGUAUCACCACCGUCAUCAAGAGUGUCAAGGGACAUGGUUCAAGAUACUGUACCAAUAUCCUCGCCACCAUUGAACGGACCGAAAUGCACAGCUACAAGUUAUUUACCGUCAACAUCAAUACCGAGACCACCAACCAACAUGAUGACAGAUUCCUCACCUCCAUCAAACCCGCCAUGUUUGAUGCCGAGGUCUACAAAGGACACCAGACAGGUCAUCGACGAGACUGUGAAUGUCAAGACUUGUUCAACAUUUUCUAUAAAGUCUUUCAACCCUCUUCACAAGGCUCGGAAAUUUAUGACCAAGUGCAAGGAACUGACAUCUCGAAAAAAACAGAUAAAACUUGGAGAUGCAGGAUCAUCACCAUGGCAACAAGAGGACGGUUUCCAGUGGGUAGAGUUGAACGGGAAAGAUCCAUCCCCAUCAUCAUCAACAACAAAGAAAGAAAUGCUGAAAGGUCUGGGAUCGUCACCGCUAGUUGAGCAGGGAUUGAAGUCACCAUCCAACAGGAGGUCUUCACAGGCAAAGCCAACAGUGUCCACAACUUCAUCCAAUCUAAUGGUAGCAGGCAGCAGUCCAAACACAUCUACCUCCCCUAGACUUGGCCAGUCCAUUGUGAAGAAAACUUCAGGUGGUAGAAGUCAAAACACUCCUUCCUCUCCCAGAGUAAGACAGUCCAGCGGGAAGAAAAUUCCAGAAGGCAGAAGUCCGAAAGCACCUGUCUCUCCCAGAGGUUGCCAGUCCAGUGCAAAUAAAAUGUCAGAAAGCAGCAGUCCAAAAACACCUGUUUCUCCCAGAGGUGGCCAGUCCAGUGUGAAUAAAACUUCAGAAGGUAAAAGUCUGAAGAUGCCUUCCUCUCCCAGAGUGAGCCAGCGCAUUAUGAAGAAAAUGAAAGUUGAAGAUGUUUCCUUGAGUGAUCAUCUUGGCAUGACUCAAGAUGGCAACAGAAUGACCCAGCAGGAUAAGUCUUCAGCCAAACCAAGCAUUCUUACCUCAAAGAAACCUUUUAAACCUGGGCAGAGACCUCCGUCAAGAAAGGAUAUAGAACUACUCAUCAACAGUGUGAAGAAUGGAGAAUUGACAGAGCCUCGGACCUCCUCAUCUCCUGCUGUACUUCGUCUUCCACUCAAGUUUGAAAGUAAUGAACCCUCUUCAAAUUCAACUGAGUCUAUCGACAUUCCUACAAAACAGUCUUCACCAAGGAUAGAUACUUCAUGUUGUCCCAAAUCAGAACAUUGUGUAACCUCUCCUGAAGCUGGUUCUCGCUAUACCACACCCCAUGACAAGAUAAAGAUACUGCCUUGCGUCCAACCAGAACAUUCAUCAAUGCCUAGUGAUAUGAAGUCCCAAGGACUCCUCGGUGCUGAAGAAAUUUCUCCAGUCAGUGUUUUGAAAAUCCAACGCAGAGGUCCCAAAGCUGAUGUUAUUGAAUCAAAGAACACAUUGACUCAUAUAUCCUCGGGUCAGAGGCCAGUUGCAUCCCUUGCUUCUUCACCUGGGCCUGUCCGUAGAAUCGCUCACAAGCGUCAACUCUUGGCAACAUACACUCUACCUGUCACACUGUCUGUGUCUCCUUCAGUUCCAAUAGCGAAGGAAAAUCGUGUUGUGACCUUGACCUCUGCCAGUUCUUUGAUCAACACCACUCGAGUCAAUGCUAUCCAGACAUCUACACCCAAACCUCAGAUGUCAACUGCAAGAAUUUGUCAACAAGCUGAGAUUGUUCUGCCAAGUUCUUCAAAUACGCAGCAUGUACAGCUCCGUGCCACCAAUGUUUCCUCUGACAGCAGGUACAGUCAGACUAUAUUGCCCAAAACUCCAGAACCAAUCAAGUCAACACAGUGGAUCAGUCGUCCAUCCAAGGUCUCUCUGAUACCUCCCAGACUGGUGAUGAAGAUCACAAAGAAUGCAGAAAUCACAGACACCUACAGUGUAUCAUCAAUUCAGACCACUGCUGGUACACCUUCCCUUCAGCUGACCAACGUGAAGUAUGAACAAAGAUCAACUUCAGUAUCAACCUCUUCAUCUACAUCUAUUACAAGUUCAGUCGUGGUAACCUCUCCAUUCUCCACUCCUUCACAGAGCAUUACCACUUCCCAAGGAAUUGCCACCUUGCUGAGACCUACAACUUCUCAAGAUGCUGCCACUUUUCUAGGAGAUACCACCACAUUUCAAGCCCCAACAUCCCAAGGAAGUGCUACUACACCAGAAGCUGCCACCUCCCUAGAACCUGUCGCACUGCAUGACAAAACAAGUGAUUCAGGGAGUUCAACACCUGACAGGUUGGUCAUUGUAACUAAUGGCAACCUUGAUGAUGAAUUUGACAUGGAAAGUCACCAGUCUGCUUCCUCCUCAAAAGGUCCGUCCAUCAAACCUGUGAUGCUGGACAAUCCUACUUCAGCAGCUACCAGACUAACUGUAUCCAGUCCUUCCGCAACAGUAGUGUCCUUCAGUGAACAGCCGUUGGAUAAACAGAAAGAGACUCCCAGUCAACAGAUAAACAAGCCUUGUUCUACAUCUAGAUUGAAGAGAUCUUGUGCUGCAAAUUCCCCAGUACCUUUUGGAACAUUUGGGAUAACUUCAGAUACAUCAACCUCUACAGUCGUCCCAAGCUCCCUCUCUUACUCAUCCUCGAAGAAUCUUCCCGGAUGGACAGCAAUUGAGUUGCCUGUCCAUUCAAGUAGAAUUCCCACUCAGGUGACCAGAAACAAGAUGUUCCUGUCCAGCAAGUUGUCCAGCAAUGUUCCAGGCUCAUCGGGCCCUGUAAGUGUACGCCCUCAUGCCACUUUGAAGGACAAGUGGAAAGAUAUUCUGACAGAACGUACCAUGACAGAAGUCAUGUCUACAAUAGGAGGCAGUUCUAGGAAGUCGGACAGUGACCAGGUCAGGAGAUGUCCGAAGAUAGUCACAGAUGUCAGGAUGGGUGAAAAUCCUUCAAAAUGGCCAAAUGUCAUCAACGAUCUUCCUGCUGAAGACCACAAAUGCUGCAACUCUGUGAAGGAUAUUCUAGCAGAAGAAACCUUGAAUAAGAACCUGCAACAUUUGCCCCUAAAGGUACACAUUUCCAGAAAGAGGCUCAGACCCAUACAAACUGACGUCAACUGGGUUAUCCAAGACAAGGAAUACAUAUCAUCACAUGGAACAGAUAAUGUUGGGACCCCUCCAAAACGUCGUCAAUGGUCCAGUGGCAUGGAUACCCUCAGGACAGGUUCAUCAGAGGUCACGAUACAGUCAGGAGGAAAUGUUUCCAACAACCAAAGUCACCAUUCCCAGGAGACUAUCGUCGGACGUGUCGUCCAGAAGAUGACUACAAAACACACACCUGUACAAAUCACCUGUGAGGAGAAACCAUCGACAUCGAAAUCUGUCGGAAGCACUUCCACCAGCCAGAAGAAACCUUUAGGUAAAGUAAUGCCUACCCAUCUUACGAUCCGGUAUGACCCACUACGGAAGCUUAGAGACACUCCUCCGAUUGCUUUCCAAGGCAAGAUCAACGAGAAGAAGGUUCGAGAGAUAUUGUUGUUUUCCAAAGUCUGUGUGAAAAAUGCCUACGAUUAUCAGACUUGUCAAAUUUUACCAGCGGCCAUCGCCACAGCAUCCAACCAUGUUUCCCCAAGGUACUUUGCACGCGAGUUGGUUUUCAUGGUCUUCACCAUAGGAGAGCUGCAGGGCAGGAAGAUUGAAUCGCAGAACCGAAGAUUUCGUCGGAUGCAGUCCCAGAUUCUGAACCCAACCAAGAUCUCCGCAGUGAAAGAUGUUGUGCUUCACAGAUUCCCCAUCGAAGAGUUUCACUGGUCUGAAAGGUGCAUACCCUUCAUCAACGAUUCGCUUAAGACCCUGUUUCAGCGGAAGUUGACUCAUUCUGCUUUCCAGUGGAUAGCAGGAAUUCAAGACUGCUUCCAUAUUGGUGGUGUCGCAGAGCUGGUUCAGUAAAGUUAGAUUAUACAACUUUACACUGGAAAGAAAAAUAUCAUACUGACUCCUAUAAAGUGUUCAAAAGCUUGUUGAUUGUGAUUUGAGUCUGACUCCUCGAAAGUGUUCAAAAGCAUGUUCAUCGUGGAUCAAUUGUGACUCCUCAAAAGUGUUCAAAAGCAUGUUCAUUUUGAUUUGAUUCUGACUCCUCGAAAGUGUUCAAAAGCAUGUUCAUCGUGAACCAAUUGUGACUCCUCAAAAGUUUGUUCAUUUUGAUUCGAUUCUGACUCCUUGAAAGUGUUCAAAAGCAUGUUCAUCCUGAACCAAUUGUGACUCCUCAAAAGUGUUCAAAAGUUUGUUUAUUGUGAUUCGAUUCUGACGACUCCUCGAAAGUGUUCAAAAGUAUGUUCAUCAUGAACCAAUUGUGACUCCUCAAAAGUGUUCAAAAGUUUGUUCAUUGUGGUUUGAUUCUGACGACUCCUUGAAAGUGUUCAAAAGCAUGUUCAUCGUGAACCAAUUGUGACUCCUCAAAAGUGUUCAAAAGUUUGUUCAUUUUGAUUCAAUUAUACCAUAGUUGUAUUCAAGAUUAUUCAAUUUGAUAUCUCGCUUGCUUUUCCAUAGAUAAAGGGAUUCGAGUCAUGCAACAGAAUUGUACCCAGGAUGAUUCAAUCUGGUUUUAUUAGUUCAAUUUCCUGCUGAUAAAGGGAAUUUGAGACUGAUCUAUCAGAAUUGUAGCAAAGAAAUUUUAUUGGGAUCAGAUUAUCUACUCAAGAAACUAUAAUAUCUUCACAUUUCUGUGAUAAAGAAUAUUGAAUGUGAUUGGAUUAUGUACCCAUGAAAACUUUCAUUUUCACAUUUCUGUGACAAAAAUAUUUAUUAUGGUUCAAUUAUCUACCUAAGAACACUAAUGUCUUUACAUUUUCUAUGAGAACUGUUGUCUCAUUAACCUAGCAUUCAGUUUUAUGUAGCAAAUUUUUCCAUCAAACAGCAUUCAAAAUAUUGUGACAUGCUUUGUGCUGUCAAGUCCUCAUCAGGAUGUUCAGAGUUUCUUUCACAUUCAUAUUGAACUAAUUUUGAAGAAUGAUAGGUAAAAACGGCAUUAAUGUUAAGAAUUU